CCGCCAGACGAGAGAGGUUCGCCGCCGUCAAGACUUGCAGGAUGGGGUACCACCGCAAUAGGCGCGGGCGUGGAUCCUCCUCCUCGUCCUCCUCCUCUUCACGCCGCACCAAGCAAGAAGAGGCCUCGUGCGAUGCUGGUCCGGGGACAUCACUUCCAAGGCAGGAAGACAGCACCGAAGAGGAAACUAAUGUCAUGAAAAUUCAGCUUGCAAUGUGGGACUUUGGACAGUGCGAUGCUAAAAGAUGCACGGGUCGUAAACUUUCAAGAUUUGGGCUUUUAAAGGAGUUGCGAGUGACAAAUGGUUUUGGUGGUGUUGUUCUCAGCCCUGUUGGGACACACUGUGUAUCCAAGGAAGAUCACCCUAUCGUGCAAAGAAAAGGAUUGGCCGUGGUUGAUUGUUCUUGGGCACGUUUAGAUGAUGUUCCUUUCGCGAAACUCCGUUGUGGUGCUCCUCGUCUCUUGCCAUGGUUGGUAGCAGCAAACCCUGUGAAUUAUGGCCGCCCAUGUCAGCUGUCGUGUGUAGAAGCUUUAUCAGCAGCCCUCAUAAUAUGCGGGGAGAAAGAUACUGGAGAACUGCUGCUUGCCAAAUUCAAGUGGGGUCACUCAUUCUUAUCACUUAACAGAGAUCUGCUGAAAGCAUACUCCAAAUGUGAGAAUGGCACCGAGAUUAUCAAUGUGCAGAACUCAUGGUUAGCCAGUGCCACAAGUGUUCCCAAGUCACCUGUAAAUGCGGCAGAGAAAUCACACCAAAGCACAGAGGAAGGAUCGGAUGAUGAUUCUGAUGAUGGCUUGCCUCCUCUGGAGGAGAACAUGAACCACUUGAACCUUAGUGAAGAAGAAGAAAGCGAAGAGGAAAGUGAAACCGAGUAGAAGAAGGUAUCAUGACUAAGUUAUGUUUGAGGUAAGUGAACUGUAUGUGCCAUGGCACAACGGGAUAUAUUUGUCUCUCCAAUCAAAAUAAGAACAAGUGUAUCGAGGCGUUGGUCUUGGAUCUUAAGACAAUCUUUGUAUACUUGUAGUGCUUGCUUUGUACCAGUAUGUAAGUGUAUAAACACUCUCUGAGAACAUGAAUCUGCCUCCUAGGAGGAUGUAAACAAACCCCUAUCUUUUCAAUGAAAUGAAACGCAAAGGUCCUUUGCGUUUUCUCGA